AAUUUUUAUAUAAAGAAGAUAAUUUGCAAAAAUAGGUAAAAAUACAAUAAUAAUUAACAAUUUUAUUGAAAUAUAGAAAAUAGGCAUAGAUAUAUAAUAUUCGAUUUUAUUCUUACAGUAUCCAUGGGAAAGGAGGCGCAGAAUCAUGGAACUCAGUUUAAUCUCGGGGGUGGGAUUUCCACCCCAAUCCCUCUCGACGCGUGUGAAUUACAUACGUCAUACCGUCACGCUCGAGUAUUGAUAUCAUCUUGGUCAUGUAGUGUACAAUUAUAGUCAAGAAGAAAUCAACGAUUUUUGAGAGGAAUCAACGAACAAAAAAAAAUCAUAUGAGAAAAAGAGAGCUUCCAACGAAUAUACAAAUAUAUUAUGGCCCAAAAUAAACGAGUUCGAAACGAAGGAAUUAAGAGGAUCUCGACAUGAAUUUGAUUUUGAUAAAAAAAUUCAUCAGGGGAUUUGAGUGGAUGUUUCUACUACAUGUUGACGGGAAAUUGACAUCAAUUUUUAGAUAACUGUAUUGUAAGUUUCGAGUUGCCUUUUUAUCGUACAGCAAUUUUUGUCGAAAGAUAUAUAUAUAUAAUAUGUUAGUUAUUACUGAGUGUUAGUUAAAGGGAGAAAAAAAUAGAUGCCAUAAAUUCUCAAUUCUUGUUGGUAUUUUUAUAAAGAUUACACAUUUACUCGAGGGAUUGUUACACUUUUAACAAGUUUGCAAUUUUUUAAAAAUGGAUAAUAUUAAUGAAUUCGACAUUAGACUUGAGAAGGAAUUUUACUACGCUGGUGAAACAAUUCGUGGUCAUGUAAUAUUACAUACGACUGAAAAUUUUAAGCUGAGAUCUGUGAGAAUAUCGUUACGUGGCCAAGCACACGCAGAAUGGAAAAUUAUGGUCAGUGGUGAUCGAAGAAAUGUUAAAAAUGAUCAAUAUUUUGUUGACGAAAGAAUUAUUGUUUGGGGACAUGAUAAUUCUGAAGGGCCGAUUCCAAUUCUUCCAAGAGGAAAACAUCAGUUUCCUUUCACGUUCAAUUUACCCGAAAGUGCUUUGCCAUGUAGUUUUGAAUCUCGUACUGGCUACAUUCGUUAUUAUAUUAAAGCAACAGUUGAUAGACCGUAUGCAAGUCCACCACAAGGUCUUAAAUAUUUUACACUCAUUGGGCCUCAUAUCGAUUGUAUGGACGAACAAUAUCUGAAACCGAUGAUUGGAUCUGAAGUUCAUACGUCCUGCUGCUUUUGCUGUAGAAGAAAUCCAGUUGAACUCAGUGCACAACUGGAGAGAAGUGCAUAUGUUUGCGGAGAGAGUAUUAAACUUCGAGCUGCUCUCGACAACAGAGGAUUAGAGCAGGCUUGGCUAAAUGUAAAAUUAACUCAGUAUGUGGAAUUUUUUAUCGAUCGUGGUGUACUGGGUGCAAAUAAAGAAUUGCAGAAAGUUGUUUUGGAGCACAAAGGAGAGCCAGUUUUACCAGGUACAGCCGUCAAAUGGGAUUCCUCUAAAACAAUGGUACUUCCUGUUUGUCCUCCCACGUUGAUAGGUGUUUGUCGUCUGAUACAAAUAUAUUAUGUAUUAAAGGUCAGCGUUCAAUUGGAAAAAUCUGGCGAAGAUAUGCAAAUGCAUUUUCCUAUAACAGUGGCCACUGUUCCCUUCAGAAUACCGAAUAUCACAAAACAACCGCAAAUUAAAUAUGAAAUAGCAGCAGAGCAUGUUGAGGGUGGUUGUUACAUUGGUCCGGAAUUUUUACUUGGACAAGUUUACGAUGGUUCUGAUCAUUUAACCCAGCCAUCAUUGAUUCUCUAUAGGCCAGUUUAUGUUUGUAUUUCAUCGGAGGCCCGAAGAUCAUUAAAUCGUUAACAAAAUUGGCAUCAAAAAUAAAUAAGACAAAAAAAAAUUAUAAAUUUUCCAGGGUAAAUCGCGUGAGAGAUUUAAACGAAAGUAGAUACACGAAAAAUUUUCACAGACAAUAUAUACAAAAUGUUAUCAUAAUAUAUAGUCGCGUACGAAAGAACCAAUUAUAUUUCAUAAAAAAAACACAGCCGAUUAUAAAACUCGAGUUACAUAUGAGGUAUAGAUGAAUAUUGUAUUUUAAAUACAAAACACCAAGAGAUGUUGCAUUUGAAAUACUUUUUAAAAUAUGGAAAAGUUUAAAACUCUUUAUCACCUUUUGAAUCUUUUCAAGGAAUUUAAAGAUUAAAAAAAAAAGUGUAAAAUAAUUAAAUGAAGUACAUUUAUAGACAGACAAAAAAAGAUUGAGAAAAUAAUAUAACUCGUUAAAUUAUUGCUGAUAAACUUAUCCAUUUGUUCACGUUGCCAAAAAAUCGGUACAAAAAAUACUGACAACUUUUUAGAAUAUUUUAUAAUUAUGAAUAAUAAAUAUAAAUACGUUUUUAUAUAAAUUAAAUAUAAUCUAAAUUAUUUUAAAUGUUAUUUUAAUUGAUAAUUUACAGUAUUAAUUUUUUAAAUCUUAAAUCUGUUUAAUGAAUAAAUUUUUUGAAAACAUAUUCCUCAAAGCAAAACGAAAGUAAAGUGUUAUAAAAUUCCAAAUAUAUAAGAAUUAUUUUGCCUUAUUAAUAUCAAAUUGUUUUCAUAUUGAAUCCGCUUGUUAAUGUUAUAGAGCAACGAAAUUUUAAUUUUCAAUUAAUAAAUAAAUAAAAUAUGAAGAAUCUAAAAAAAAUUAUCAGAAAAGGUAAUUUGAAUUGAGAAAGAGUGACUUUCUUGUACUCGCAUCAAUGGCCUUAUUUCAACUGUUUUAUCGAUUUUAUUGUUAGGAUCAUGAUGUAUAUUUUAAUUACAAAACAAGUGAUUUUGAAACGAAUAUUCAUAAGAUUAAAAGCACAAGUAGAAUAGUUUAUGACGAAUUCGUAAUAAUUUUGUAGAAUAAACAUUACAUAAAUUGAUAAAAAAAAAAGUAAAAAAGAAAAUUAAACUAAAAUAUUGUUAAUAAUAAAUGGACUAAGUGCACGUAGUACAGUGUAAACUGUCAAUUCAUCGUGUUAAAAAUAAAAUAUUAAUUCUAUGCUUAUAAUCGAAAAAUUGUCAUUUGAAAUGACAAAAGUUAUUGUACAAUUUUUGCGGAUGGUUAUUCUCUAAAAUUUCUACUUUUCUUAAUAAUACUCAGGAUGCAUUAAUUUACAAUUAUUUUACAAAAUUUUCUCUACAAAAUAUUACUUAGUACUUUUAAUUUUUAAUAUUCUUAUUCAUGAAUAUUUAAAAAUAUUGAAAUUUGUGAUUGAUGUAAGAUUUCGUAAAAAGUAUUCUCAUGACGUAAAAUAAAAGGUGUAUAGCAAAUUUAUUAAUUAUUUGAAAAUUGUUAAUCUGAAAAAUGUGGAAUAUAGAAUUGAAAGAAUAAUCAUACACGCCCAAUAAAUUCCACAUUAAUUUGUCUUAUAAAUUUUUUAAACUUUUAUGUACAAUCGUUUUUUUUCUUUUUUUAAUUGUUACUGUGCACUGCAUGUUAUUGUGGUAAAAAAAUUUUGGCUAUUUAUACAAUUUCCAGUGAAUUGUAUGAAAAAAAAGGCCACUUUGAUAAAGAAAAAUCUAUUUGUAGAUAGUGUUGACCUAUAAAAUAAUUAUGUAAAACAAAGUGUGUUUAAAAAAAGAUAUAUAAUAUUAUUUCAACCCAAGUAUCAAAAAACACAAAGACCUAUAAGUUUUUUUCUAAUCAAAAAACAAAGACACAUAUUAAAUUUAUAUCAUAUAAAACAAAGGCCUUUGUGUUUCAAAUGUAGAAUUCCAUGGUUGCCAUAUGAAACAAAGGAAUUAGUUAAAAAAAAAUGGAAUUAAACUUUUACUAUUUAAAGUUUCCUGCCAAGCACGGAAUUCUAAAAAAAAAAAUGUCUGAAUCGAAUAAACACAUAUUGAUUCACGAUAGUGCAUAUCUGUUAAUAUAACAGAAAAUUCAAUCGUUACAAAAAACGCUGUUGCUAAUCACAUGCCUUUCGUUACCUUUAUAAAAUUGUAAAUUAUUCGUGUACAAUAAAUGUUUAUAUAUAAAUCAUUUUUGUAUCUAUCAUUCAUAAUUUCUAAUCUUCUUAGGCUUUGGGAUAAAUCUAAUAAAACUAUUCUGGAAUAGAAGAAGGGAUAGGAAGUAGCAAAAAUAACACCACCUCAUUUAUCUAAAUAGAAAACAUAUGUAAUUAUCGCGUUUUAGUAACUCUAUAUGUUUAUGUACAUGUUGGAACAAUAUUUUUACUUACUCUAAAAAGAUUCAUUGAAUAAAAUAAUACGAUUUGAAGCACAACAUUCAAUGAACAAAUUUAUGUUUAUGUUGUUUGAAAUUAACUAAAUUCAGUGUCAAAAGAAAAAAAAAAAAAAAAAAAAACAUUAUUUUCACAAUUAGUCUUAAGAGAUCGAAGUCGACGAACGAAUUUUUAUACACAUGUAAUUAAAUAACUUAAUGACUUGAAAAUGAGUUUGCUAAUAGAUCUCAUCGUUCACUUAAAAUGUGAAUUACAUAAGAUAAAACUAUAUCCAAAAUUUUUUUUCGAUAAUAAAUUUUACUCUUUUUUUUUCUCUCUCGCAAAAAAAAAAUUAACCGCCUAUUGGAAACAAAAUAUAAC